AUGAGCGUCCAUUCCCUUGACCAUGCCGCAUUGGCGAGCACGCCGUCCCCACGGUCUGGAUCAGUGCCUGAUAUUGAAGCCCAUCCACGUUCACCGCAGGAACAGCCUUUCCCAACCAGCUGGGAAACCACGUCACCAGAGACACGGACUAUUCCUGCAAGGCCGAGCUCUCAGGAGACGGUCAGGCACCGUGCGCGACGCGCAAAUACUGCCCGUUCAUACCGUCCGGACACUGUUGCGCACGACCCAAGCUGGCAGCCGGGGACCGAACCUGGUAUUGAUCCUACCAGACCUCUCCCGGCUUAUAACGCAGAAUGGAUGACCUCAAUAUCAACGAGCUUACAUCGUCGGUGCGAUAUCACUGUAGUGGACUUCUCUCAGAAUGAAAUGCGCCAAUAUGCACUCGAUAACGACACAAUAGAGCAAUUUAUGGCCCGAGAGCGGGAGCCCUGGGUGCAGUGCAGGUGGAUCAACGUCAAUGGUCUGAGCUGGGAUGUUAUUAGGGUCCUGGGUAACCAAAAAGGAUUGCAUAGGCUUGCGCUGGAAGACUUGAUCAACGAAACUAAUCGCACCAAGGUGGAUUGGUAUUCUGAUCAUGCGUAUAUUGUCCUUACGUUACAAAAGUUGAUCACCCGUCGACAAGACUCGAGCGACUCAGAAGAGGAGGACCUAGAUGAUAAUGAGCCUUUCAGGCCAGGUCGAAGAGAUUCCGGGAUGAGUAGUAGCAGAUCGGUAUCUGUGAAGAAACCCACUCGGCGACGUGUUAUUCUAGCUGCCCUGAAAGAUAUCUUCUGGCCAAAAUCGCGAAAACAUGAAGCAUCAAAUAGGAACACCGAUGGAGCUGGCUCUCGGUCUGCUAUGAAUGGAUCCUCGAAGAACCCCAGAUUUGGUGAUCUCACUGAUGUUCCAGGCCCUGCGCGCAGUAUUCAGCGAUACCGAGGUGGUCCGAAUGAAGAUCGGAUUGCUUUCAUGGAGCGCCAUGCUGUGCUAGCGCCAAAGGGCCUGGGUGUGACACUUGAACAAGUUUCAAUCUUUCUCAACGCUGAUAAUACCGUCAUUUCAUUUUUUGAAGCAAGUGCAGAGGAGAUUGAGGCGCCUAUUGCGAGGCGUCUUACCCAACCAGAGACGAUUUUACGCCAGUCAUGCGAUGCUAGUAUGCUCGUGCAGGCCAUAUUGGAUGCCAUUAUCGACCUGGCGAUACCGGUGACCACAGCCUACCAAGACGCAAUCGGUGAUCUUGAGCUCGACGUCUUGACGGACCCAGAUGUUGACCAAUCUAAGAGUCUUUAUAUCCUAACCUCCGAAAUCGCAAUCCUUCGCAGCGUUAUGCAACCGAUAGCGACCAUUAUUAAUGCUCUUCGAGACCAUCGUUCCGAACCAAUCAGCACGCCUGGCCUUGCAACACUCCGUCCUCCAGGGUUUGCAACACCUUCCUCCACUCCGGGACACAUCGGAAUCAGUACUCCAAAUCUUAUGAGUAUAGGUGGCACGAGUGUGUCAAUAAGUCCCAUGUGCCAUACAUACUUGGGCGACGCACUAGACCACUGUAUUACCAUCGUUGAGGGAUACGACCAAAUGCGAAGAGCUGCAGAUAACAUGAUUGAUCUGAUCUUCAACACAAUUGGUGCGUACCAGAAUGAGAGUAUGAAGCAGCUAACACUCGUGACGUGCUUGUAUCUUCCUCUUACUUUCUUAACGGGUUAUUUUGGUAUGAACUUUGACAGAUUCUCCGGAGUCACCGACCAUAGCGAUUCAUAUUUCUGGAUAAUUGCACCGCCUUUCGUGUUUGCAACCACGCUUAUCUUGAUGCGCGAUAAAAUCCAGCGGUAUGCUGUAUUACUGGCGCAAAGACGCCUCAUUACCAGCUCGAGACGACAGAGAAGGCAAAAAGUGUCCAAGCGGGAUUGA